GAGAAGUAAGGCGGAGCCUAUGCAUUACAAGCACUGUUGGGAUUUUCGGUUUACAUGUCAGCUACGCUGAGGUCUCGGUAGUCAAGCCGUCGCCCGAUCACAAAUUUGACCGUCCGUUUUUCUGAACAGCCAAGAAACUUGCAUUGUUUUGAAUAACUUAUAAGACAAAACAAAAGAAACUAGUGCAUUGUUUCUUCAUCCUUUUAUCGUAAAAAUCUUCAAUCAUCAAAUAAUAAAUCGUUUUUAUUAAAUCCUGUAAUUAAAAUAUAUAUAUAUAUUGAGCCUGGACGAAUUGCUCCUGACUGCUGUGAAAUUGUCUGUUUAUUGUAAGGACUACCUAUUAAGUCCUGAAAGCUAUUAUCUAAUCACAGUAUUAUAUUUUAAUACUGUGAUUAUUGAAUUCAAUAUUGCUUUCUAAUGUAACCAAUAAAGGAGUACAAGAGAAUACUGUAGCAAGCAUCAACUCAGGACUAAUACCUGUAGGUCAUCCUGGCUUCUGGACAACUGAAAGAUUCGUGUCGCAGACUGGCCCAGCAUCAUCAUUUUCUGGCCCGCAUCCUGCCAUCCACCAAGGAGACGGCAGCAUAUAUAACUUUUUCUACGCUACGGCCCAACGAAACCGUCAAGAUUUCGCCUUCCAAGAGUGGAGACACGGCCGACAUGGCGGAGACGCAGCCGCAGAAAAAGCGGCGAUCUUCUACAUGUGUUGGCUGUGGAGGUGCAAUCAAUGACCAAUACAUCUUGAGGGUGUCCCCAGACCUAGAAUGGCAUGCGGCCUGUCUCAAAUGUGCGGAUUGCCAUCAGUACCUCGACGAGACGUGUACGUGUUUCGUCAGGGACGGAAAGACAUACUGCAAAAGAGAUUAUUUUAGGUUAUUCGGCAUCAAGUGUGCAAGGUGUAACGUGAGCUUCAGUAGGAGUGACUUUGUUAUGCGGGCGCGAAAUAAAAUUUACCACAUAGAGUGCUUUCGUUGCGUAACAUGUACCAGACAAUUGCUACCGGGUGAUGAAUUCGCCCUUAGAGACGAUGGACUAUUUUGCAAAGCAGACAAUGACUGCACUGUAGAAAAGAAAAUCACACCUAAUGGUCACACGGCCAAUGGCCAACAUUCACCGCACAAUGGAACCACCAAUGGAACGUCCCUACAAAUGGCAGAUUGCGCAAGGAUCAAAACAGUCUGUAACAAAAAGAAAAAACUUUCAGCGAAUGCAGAAUCGAUGCAGUCUAAUAGGAAUCGGGACUCAGUGCGGCCGCAGGUGCACAAGCAGAGCUCGGACCACAAGCCAACACGGGUUCGGACCGUCCUCAAUGAAAAGCAGCUGCAUACGUUGCGCACUUGCUAUGCUGCCAACCCCCGACCAGACGCCCUCAUGAAGGAACAGUUGGUGGAAAUGACAGGACUAAGUCCGCGUGUGAUCAGGGUGUGGUUUCAGAACAAGCGGUGCAAAGAUAAAAAGAAAACCAUCAUGAUGAAGCAGUUACAGCAACAAGAGAAAUUCAUGAUCAUCUCCAUGUCAGAGUCUGACUCCUCGUCCCAGCAUUCCCCGGAUGGGCGACAGUUAACUCUGGGGUCUAUGCGAGGAGUUCCGAUGGUUGCCACUAGUCCAGUCAGGCACGAAAGUCCUAUACAGAUGAAUCCAAUCGAAGUCCAGACAUACCAACCGCCUUGGAAGGCUCUAACGGAAUACGCCGCAAUGCAGCCAGACAUCGACCCGACAGCACCACAUUUCCAGCAGAUAGUAAGUCAGAUGCAUGGUUACGGAGAUCCCGGCCCUGAACAUCACGUGAUGCCGCCAGGCGUACAUGGUCCUCCGCAUCAACUUCCGCCAUUUCUGACGGAUGAUCAUUCCUUACAUCAACCUCCGAGCAAUCUCUCUUCACACAUACCAGGAACACCAUCAGAACUAUCUAGCCCAACUAGUGAAUGAUGCUUCACCCCGACCCCCACCGGUGGUCGCCAAAAUUCCCGGCCGAGGAGGGGUCGUCCACCCCGAACUGCAUCCGACGAAAGUUUUCAAGGAAACCAUUCGUACAGUUGAUCGCACACACAAAUAAUUCAAGGAGCUUUCAGACAACUCAAAUAAACUAUGAAAAAUGUCAGCAGGACUAUGUGCAAACAAAUCGAAAUGAAAUGUCCAUUUUGGAACAACUAAAAAAUAGCAGAAAUUUUUCUCCCUUCAAAAAGCAUAAUUUGAUACAAAAUUCAUAGCUUUAUGAAAUAACACUAGUGUUAUGAAACUUUCCAGGUUAACUACUUAAAAAAAUAUUUUAGAAUAAGUCUUGAUAGAAACUAAUGGAAGCUGUAUAGCUGUCUUAAUAUAUAUUAAUAAUUUCCCCAAAUUUAAAAAUAUAAUUAUUUUAUACAGUUAAGAUGAGCAAUUAUGUUAUGGACCACAUCUCAUAUCUUUCUUAAUUUUGGUAUAUUUCUGCAAUUAAUCUCUCGUAAUUGUCUAAACUUAAUAAAAACUAUUCAUAAUAAAUAUUUAAAGGAUGACUUAAAGGAGAAUACGUUGUUGUAUUUAAAUUUUUAAACUGGCAAACUUAUAGAGCGUUUAAUUUAACACAUCGACUCGAAGCGAAAAAUACAACUGCAUAUCUAUAAAAAUUGUAAAUUUUUGUAUUUAUUAAAAUCUAUAUAGUUCAUUAAAUAUGCUACAGUACUUUAACUACACUUAGUUUCCAUACUUACUAGUGUUAAAAAAAGCUUUCAUGUAAAAGAAUUGAAAAAUAUUUCAUAAAUUGCGUUUUUACUUACAUUUGAAUGAUCAGAUUUUUACAUCAUUACAUUUUAAAUUGCAAACAUUUAAACGAUGUUUUAGUUGAGAAAUUAGAAUUUUUGUUGAUAAAUAGCAAUAACUGCCGUAGGGAAAUUUAUAUGCUAUUUAAAAAUAUUUAAUUAACAAGUUUUGCAAACAAAUGAUUUUAUAAAUUAACAAAUUUUCCGUCUUUUAAUAUAAGUUUUGAUUUCCCUUAUUAUUGAUAUAUUUAAAAAACGAUUACAAAAGUGUUUCUCAAAAAAAAAAAUUAAACGAUCGCUCUUAAGUAUUAAAAUAUUAAUAAUAGCAAUUAAUCAAAUCUUUUCCUUUUAUAUUAUGAACAAAAUACAAACAAAGAACUUUGAACAAAUUCUAAUAUCCUUACCAUUAAUGAAAAAGUGCCAAAAUAAUAUUCAUAUUUUUUUCCAUAUUGUAAUUAUUUAUUACUCUCAACUCAAACUAUUAAUUCCUUUAACUCCUGCUGUUCAUUAAAAUAAAAAAAGUGAUGUCAUGGUGAUUAAUGAAAAUAUCAUACUGAAAACGUGAGGAAAGAAACACACAGCGCACAGUCUUUCAGACCAUGAAAAACUGAACUGGCAUUUCUUGUUGGAGGUUACAGUUAAUCAAACAAUCUGCACAUAGUCACAAACUAUGCAAGACUUUUAUUAUUUUACUUCUAAGUCAUAUGAUUCACAACCUGUGAAACAUAACAGUACCUAAUGAAUUAAACUGAACUUUCAUUAUUUUCUUUUGUUCUGGAUGUUUGGUCAGAAUUAGGUUUUAUUGAAAGAGAAUUUAAUAAAGAAAAUGUAUAUAAAUUAUCACAGAUACGUUUACCGGAAUUCUGAAAUCUUUUUGUAGCUUGCAGGUUCAUGAUUGUAUUAUAUUAUACAUAUAAAUAUCUAUAUACGAGAGUAUGCCGUUUGUAUAAGUUAUAUUAAUUAAAUGUGUACAUAAUAAAUCAUCAGAAACUUUUUGAA